UAGUGGAACAGACCGAGAUGAGCAUCUUGAUGUCAUUCCAGAAGCCACAGAAAUUCAGGGCCUUGAACAAAGAACCACAGAAUGUCCUUUGUGAAGAUGACAUCAUAGGUGUCAGAGCCUCCAUAGUGUACGAGAACUGCUUAAGACAACUGGCUACAUUUCUGAUCCUGCCUGUGGAUAAAUGCACUGGCCUUCUGAGGACUGGUGCGCCGUGCAACUGUGUUGCACCCUUUGAGAUCAACAUCACCACCAAGGGCACAGCAGCUACUAUCGAAUGGAUCUGCCCUAAUGGAGACAGCUUGUGGAGGUGGAAUUCCCAGCCUGUGAUGAAGUUUGGGAUGCAAGCUGGAGAUUUUCUCUUGUACACCAACAUUUUGUUGUCUGGCAACAACUACGCAAAGGUUGCCCUCUUGUUCAAAUUCAUGAACAUGGGGAUGGUGAACAGGAACACUUUCUUCUCCAUUCAGGACAGUUACUGCGUCAAUACAAUAAAGGACUUCUGGGAAGAGAGAAGGACAGAGGUUCUUUGUCGCCUUCAAGGGAAAGAUGUUGUUGUCCUAGAAAUGACUCUCCUGGUCAAUGUGCACAAUACUGCAGCUACACCACCAUGGAGAAUGACACCAAGGAGAUCAUUCAUGUUGCCACCAUAGACAAGUGGCAAACAUCAUGGAACUCUGUCGUCUUGGAGAAGGAGGAUUUCAUCCAGACUGGACAAGCUUACAUCAGAGAUAAAGCUAGUGGAGAUCUGCACAGAUGCUCAUGCCCAGAUUGGUGCCCUUAUGAACCCAGACAAAGGCAAAUACAAGGCCCUUGGAAUUCAUCACUGUCUGGACAUAGGGCAUGGUGCAAAGAACCUUGCCAAAAAAAUUGCAGCAGUAAGCGUAAUAACUGGCUAAUGUUGUGAAACAAUUAUUAACCAUAAAGUUACUAUUCUGUACAUCAGGGUUAU